AGUUAAAUCAAAUUUUAAAAAUUAUUUUCGGAUAAAUUGGUUGUCAUUGAUAACGAGCGCCGACUGUAGUGUCGACUCAUAAAUGUUUUGACAAUAUUUUGUAUGAAAGAAAUGAUUCAUUGAUUGCAUUACUCAUUCAACUGUUGUUUAUGUUUUGACUUUGAAUUUGUGGCAAACAUUUGGUUCACAAAUGUUUUGGUCUCACCAUUGGAUCAAAUAAUGACAACUCAUUUCUCCAUUUAUUGUCUUACUUAACAAAUGAACGAUUAUUUUGUAAUAUUUGUGUAAAAUUAUAAAUAUAUCCCGAAAAGUGAUGCAAAACUCUUCAAAUAUGAUCUCAUCGUCGAGUGGUUCCCACCGAAGAGUGGCCUCCAAUUCAUCGACUUCUUCGGCCAAUUUGAAUACCAACACUAAAGAGCUAUUAAGACCGCUAUCGCUGGCCGAGUGUGUGGCCGAUGGUUCGCCGCCACCGCCUCUAGUUAUUAAUGACAAAGUGGUGUGGAUUUCGGACAACGGGCCAGAGUAUGGUGUCGUCAAAUGGUUGGGCAAAUUGCCCGAUGUUGGCAACGACUGGAUGGCAGGCGUAGACUUCAUUAAUCCGGUCGGUUCGGGAACUGGUCUCUAUAAUGACCACCAGUUGUUUGAUACGCGUAUAAAUCACGCGUCACUCGUGCCAGUGAUUGGUCUAAUGAAAGCUCAGGACUAUUUGGGUGCCUCCAACCCAACCGCUGGUCUCAUAUUCAGUGGCAGCCAAUCGUCAACACCACAAAAGCCUCGAAGAAUUAAAGCAAAUAAGAAAGAAUUAGAAGUGAAAAGUGACGACAAAAGAGUACCAUUAAGUCAUUUGUCGUCGAAUCAUAAGACAUCUGAUGGCAGUCCUAUUGAAUCUCAUUUAGUGACUAUCAAUGACCCAAUCAAUAGAUCAUUGCAUAGCAAAGAAAGAAGUAUAGAUUCACCAAAAUCUAAGUCAAAUAAUACAUCCAAUUCAUUGAUUUCUUAUUCAUCUCCAACUGAACCUCCGGUGAGAACGACAUCACUUUCUUCACAUUUAAUCGAAAAGCAGCAAAAGGUUGUCGACAAAGAAACAACCAAUUCUUGGAAUAAUAGCAUUUCAAGCGCUGGAUUUAGCUCUCAAAUCAAUGGCGUGAAUGGAGAUCGAGAUUUUGAGAUCGGCUCUGUAGUUGAGAUCAGUAUUGAUGGUAUUCCCAGGUUUGGUGUCGUCCAAUGGAUAGGUCUGUUAUCUUUGAGCUCAGGGGAUGAAAAUUAUGAUUCAGGGGAUUGUUUAAUGGCUGGCAUCGAAUUAGAAGACGAGUUGCCCGGUCUGUCUGAUGGCACUUAUAAUGGGAGGCGUUAUUUUGAAUGUGCGCCCAGAAAGGGGUAUUUUGUUAAACUAAACCAAUGCUUAAAAGACAGUCGAUUUGCAUCGAUAUCUGAGAGAAGAAGAAGUGCUUUGUUUGGAAGCAUAGACUGUCCGACAGUUACCGGAGAUGUGCCGCCGCUGAGCACUAGCGAAGACCUUCAGGCUCUUUGCGGUAAAAACCGAGGAAUUCAGGGCCACCACAACUCAUGCUAUUUGGAUGCAACUCUAUUCUCAAUGUUUUCGUGUACAACAAUAUUUGAGUCACUACUUCAUCGACCGCCGCGAACCGAUGACAUACCUGAGUAUAAAGAAGUACAGAGAAUACUGAAAGAAGAGAUAGUUAAUCCUCUUCGAGCUAAUCUAUAUGUCAGAGCAGAUCGUGUAAUGCAUUUGCGAACACUUCUCGAGAAAAUUAGUUCAGUUCGCGGUCUGACUACAGAAGAGAAAGAUCCCGAAGAGUUUAUAAACCUAUUGCUAAAUCAGAUACUAAAAGCCGAACCAUUUCUAAAGCUAAGUUCUGGUUUGGAGUCAUUCUUUUACCAGUUGUUUGUUGAGAAAGACGAAAAGCUAACACUUCCAACUGUUCAACAAUUGUUUGACCAGUCGUUUCUAGCGUCGGACAUAAAACUACGAGAAGUGCCGCCGUGUCUACUCAUUCAAAUGCCACGAUUUGGCCGACAGUUCAAAAUGUAUCCCCGAAUUGUUCCCAGUCUUUAUCUGGACAUAACCGACGUAUUGGACAACAGUCCCCGACAGUGUGCGAUAUGCGGUCAGUGCGCUGAAUACGAAUGCAAAGAAUGUUUCGGUUUGUUCGGUGAGGGUCUCGACAGUACAGCCUUUUGUGGCAAAUGUAUUGAGAAGAAUCACUCGCAUAAAAAACGAUCCAAACAUAAGACAACCAAACUGUCCAUUCCUACGGAGUUUAAUAUGUUGAAAGAGCACUCACAGGUGCCACGCAUUUACAUGGAAUUGUUUGCUGUCCUAUGCAUUGAAACCAGUCAUUACGUAUCAUUUGUAAAGUGUGGAUCGGGUCCGGACAGUCCCUGGUGUUUCUUCGAUAGUAUGGCCGAUAGAAAAGGCGAACAAAAUGGUUAUAAUAUACCAGAAGUCGUGUCUUUCCCAGACUUAAGGUGGUGGUUGAGUGAAGAGGGAACCACAUUCUUAAUGAAUACUAAAGACGACAAAAUGUUACCCGAAAUGCCGAGACGUUUAUUCUCUGACGCCUACAUCUGUUGGUACGCAUCUGAUGUGUUAAGAUAUAGAUAGACUUCAAAAACGACACAAAAAAAAUAUAUUGAUUUUAACUUUUCAUUCAUUUUUUAAGGCCAUUCAUGCCUUUAACAGCAAAUUAAUUGCUUUUUAUUGUUAAUGUAUAGUUAGAUAUAACUAAAAAAAGUAUAUAUAAUAUGCGAUUUUCACAAACAAAUCAAUUUCUUUUGUUUUUGUUUCAAAUGCCUUAUUUAGAGUGCAAAAGAAGCGAAAGUUUAUUUUGAAUGUUGAAUCACUUGUUUUUAACUUAUUUUUCUUUUUAAUUAUAUUUUUAAAAAAUAUUUAUCAAUGUUUUUUUUGGGUAUAUAUCUAUCUUAGAUUUUGUUGUUAUAAUUUUUAUUAUCAAAUUUGUAAGCUAUUUAAUAGAAUUGUUAUUAUUAUAAUUGUAAUUUUUAUUAGGAAUUAAAUCAAGUAAUAUAGCAUAAAGAGAGAGAGAGAGAGAGAUCAGAGAUUAUAUUAUGUGUAUAGUUUAUAUUUACUGUAUAUUAUUAUUUACAGUAUUGUAUCGAUAAAUAAAAUGAAAUUAUUUACCAGCGGAACAAACUUAACUAUAUUAUAAAUAAUUGGAAAAUAUUGUACAAUAUGUGCUGAACUGGUAAAUUGUACUAUAAUUUUGGCAAUUAGUCACAACGUAAUCGAUAACUUAUACUGUAAUUUGUAUAAUAAUUAUAAUAUAAUAAUAAAAGCUAAUA